AAACACANNGACCUUACUCCCGAUGCCCGUGUCCUCUAUUCCUCGGAUUCUAUCGUCGACGUUCUCGGCUGGACCCCCGAUGAAGUCGUCAAUCGCUCGUGCUGGGAAUUCUUCUGCGAGGAUGAGCUGCCUUUUGCUCAAGCGUUUCACAAGAAGGGUGUUCAGAUGGACAAGGCUGCCGUCCUGUCAUAUUGCAGAGUGAAGAACAAGGAAGGACAAUGGACUGGUGUUGAAUGUUGUUUUACCGUCGUCUACGAUGUCAUGAUUGUCUGCACAUCCGUCUAUCGAAGGGGGCUGCCGAGUCAGANNCGCGCCGAAGAAGCACCCAUCAUUCGACGCUUGUUCUCGUCUUCACCACGCGAUCCCCGUUACCACAUGUUGUCACACAUCUCGGGCAAGUUUAGGCGACCUGCCCCAAAGGCAAGCCACGAACCUCGAGCCGCUCUGUUCUUGAAUCGCUUUACUCGUACCUUGACUAUCAUGUACGCUACUGCGGGCCUGGAGGAGGUAAUUGGCAUUCCAGCCGAAUACAUGAGAGGUCGCAGUUUUUAUUACUGUAUCGCCGAGAACUGUCUUCAAGAUGCUAUCAAAUGUCUGGAGAACGCAAAAGCAAACGACUCGAUAGCAUACCUAAGAUUCUGGUUCCGCGACCCUCGUAUAGAUGAAGACGCCACGACACCAAUGGAUGAAGAAAGCGACGAUGAUAUGGGAGCAGAGAGCAGCGUCGACCAGGAAGUUGGUGGAGGCGUUCAUAUCGACGACUCGCAUUCAGCAUCUGAGAGCAUGGAUGUCGACUCAUCAAACCACAUUUCAAACUCUAGAACUACAUCAGGGCACAGCAGCACCGACGUACGCGACACACAUUCGGCUAUCUUCGGAGACUCGAUAGUUGAGGAAUCAUCGGCCUCUUCUACCACUUCACCAGACGGAAGUGUCAGACCCNCUAUCCAGCGAGAUCCGAUUGAACUGGAAGCAGUUAUUUCUUGUACAUCCGACGGUCUUGUUGUAUGUUUGAGGCGGGCUCGCCAUAUGCUUCCAACACAGGCACGCUCGAGAUACGAUAACGGUCUUUUCGCUGCUCCCUGGGCGACAGAACCGAUCCUACCACCAAUGGAGGCACGCCCACAGCAACCAUUUGCUACAAACUUUGCACCAUCUCUGGGUCCUUUCAGUGCCCAGCCCGAUCAUAUCAGAGUUGGAGGACCUGCUCAGGAUGACUUUAUGAAUUCGAUCCGGGAUCAAGCUGUCUUCGCGUGGGCACUCACUGGUAUUAACGGUGCGCUCCACCAAUAUGGUGUCAACAAAGCUUAUGGAGAGUCGUUACCACUCGAAGGUCUCGAGGUGUGGGAGUCCGAUCCAUACGCACAGUCUGAGAUAUUCAGGAGUGACUCUGGGUCCGGACUUGAUGGCAUGACGAAAGGUCAUAGCCCAGCACAAAUGUUCGGCGAUCCUGGCCUUGAUGGCUACAGAAAAAGG